AUGUCUGGCAGAGGCAAAGGAGGCAAGGGUCUUGGAAAGGGAGGCGCUAAGCGUCACCGUAAAGUUCUUCGUGAUAACAUCCAGGGUAUCACCAAGCCUGCAAUCAGGCGUCUGGCUCGCCGUGGUGCCUUAAAGCGCAUAUCUGGUCUCAUCUACGAAGAGACUCGCGGCGUGCUGAAAGUGUUCCUUGAGAACGUUAUCCGUGACGCUGUUACCUACACCGAGCAUGCAAAGAGAAAGACCGUGACCGCAAUGGACGUUGUCUAUGCUCUGAAACGCCAGGGCCGUACUCUGCCUACAGCCUUAUAUAUCCACAAUCUGCAAGUGUGUUCACUCUUCAAACCCGAAGCAAUGGCAAGAACUAAGCAAACAGCCCGCAAAUCCACCGGAGGUAAGGCUCCGAGGAAGCAGCUUGCGACCAAGGCUGCGCGUAAAAGUGCACCUGCGACCGGUGGCGUGAAGAAACCGCAUCGUUACAGGCCUGGUACCGUAGCUCUGAGAGAGAUCCGUCGUUAUCAGAAGUCCACUGAGCUGCUGAUCCGUAAGCUCCCCUUCCAGCGUCUUGUCAGAGAAAUUGCUCAAGACUUCAAGACUGAUCUGCGCUUCCAGAGCUCUGCUGUCAUGGCUCUUCAGGAGGCUAGCGAGGCUUAUCUCGUUGGCCUGUUCGAGGACACUAACUUGUGCGCCAUCCACGCCAAGAGAGUCACCAUCAUGCCCAAGGACAUUCAACUGGCUCGUCGUAUCCGCGGGGAGCGUGCUUAA